AUGUUAGGAGUCUACCUCAGUGAACAACUGGAUUCUCUUGAUCGACCCACUCAUCUGAAAUUCGAUUGCGAUCUGGCAAGAGGCGCUGGAAGAAAUCUCAAAAUUCGUAAAGGUUUCAAUCUUAAAAUUAUGCAAAAACAUGUAAGUGUUGGUGAGUACAACAUCGAAAACCUCAAACCCCGAUUUAUGAAAAUGGAGAGGAAAGUCCUUAAAAAGCUGAUCAGAUAUACGAGGAAGAAGAAGUGGUGUGAUUGUUUCACAAGUUGUUUUCGUGAUCGGGCAUUGACCUUUCUCUUUGGAUGUGAUUACACUAUUCAUGGAUCCAAGAUCGUCUACAAAUGUGCAUUCGAAAAUAGAAAAAAAGCUACUGAAAAGUGCGAAUAA